AUGCACGACAUCGCCUACAACCUGAUCACCGGUAAGCACAACGAGGUAAACCGGCUGACCAAGCAGGCGCUGGACGAUGGGUUCCAAGCCAACACCAUCCUGGACGAUGGCCUCAUUGCCGGGAUGGCCAUCGUGGGCAUCAAAUUCCGCGACAACAUCAUCUUUGUACCCGAAGUGCUGGUGGCGGCGCGCGCCAUGAAGGCCGGUAUGACCCAUCUCGAGCCAAUCCUGUCGGCGUCGGGCAUCGAGCCGAUGGGCACGAUCAUCAUGGGCACGGUCAAGGGUGACCUGCACGACAUCGGCAAGAAUCUCUGCAUCAUGAUGCUGCGCGGCUCCGGAUUUGUGGUUCACGACCUGGGGGUGGACACCAAGCCCGAUGAGUUCAUCGAUGCCGUCAUGGAGCACGGCGCCGAAAUCCUCGGCAUGUCGGCGUUGCUGACCACCACCAUGCCGAAUAUGGGCAAGACGAUCGAGGCUUUCGAGGAAGCAGGGCUCCGCGACACGGUGAAAAUCAUGCUGGGCGGCGCGCCGCUGACGCAGGAAUUCGCCGACGACAUGGGGGCCGACGCCUACGGCGGCAACGCCAUUGCGUGCGUCGAUCUCGCCAAGGCAUUCAUCGCCGAAGGGGCCAUGCCGGAAGCUUCAUAG